UAUUGUUAUAUGAUAGAAAUUAAAAAAAAAAAAGAACAAGUCGUUAAGGGAAAAACUUCAAUUCUUUCCGGGUUCAGUAGGCUGCUGGGAUUCUCUUUUUUCUUCUUCCCUCACCAAACCCCCUUCUUCUCCAUCUACCAAAUCAACCAUUCCCAUCACACAACAAUUCAACGAUCAGAAUGGCUUUAUCCACAAAUCGGACGGUUAACCACCUUCUAAAGCCAUUAUCCGCCGCCAUAUGCGCCACGCGCCGCCUAUCGUCCGACACCAUCACCGUCGAGACUAGCAUUCCAUUUACCGGCCACAACAUCGAUCCUCCGUCACGCACCGUCGAGACAAGCGCCAACGAACUCAUGACUUUCUUCAAAGACAUGGCGGAGAUGCGGCGGAUGGAGAUCGCCGCAGAUUCGCUCUACAAGGCGAAACUCAUCCGCGGAUUCUGCCACCUCUACGACGGCCAGGAGGCCGUUGCCAUAGGCAUGGAAGCUGCAAUUACCAAAAAGGACUGUAUCAUUACGGCUUACAGGGAUCACUGUUUAUUCCUAGGGCGUGGCGGAGGGUUAUACGAGUCAUUUGCGGAACUAAUGGGGAGAAAAAAUGGGUGUUCGAAAGGAAAAGGAGGAUCAAUGCAUUUUUAUAAGAAGGAGAGUGGAUUUUAUGGAGGUCAUGGGAUUGUAGGUGCUCAAGUUCCUUUAGGUAUUGGACUUGCUUUCGCGCAAAAGUAUUCGAAAGAGGAGCAUGUUACUUUCGCGAUGUAUGGUGAUGGUGCUGCUAAUCAAGGACAGUUGUUUGAGGCUUUGAAUAUGGCUGCUUUGUGGGAUCUUCCUGCUAUUCUUGUCUGCGAGAAUAAUCACUGUAAGAUUUAUACUUUUUUUUUCUUCAUAAGGUAUACUAUAAGGGGUCGUUUGGUUGCCGGGGCGAACAUAGUAUUCAACCAACGAGUUCAUUUAAUCCAUAAUAUUUUGUAG